AAAAAAUGUACAUAGAGAGUCCAGAGUCCGAUCCAGGCAUUAAUGAAGUAACCAGUUCUUCUUCUUCAACAACUUGUAGCCUCUGUCUCUCCUUACCUUCACUAUUUUGGUCUCAACAUUUUGAUUUGAUGUUGUGUUUGUGAUGAAAUUGUUGUCCAUAUUUUCCAGAUGAUUCACAAUUGUUAAAGAUUUUCCCCUCUCUCCCUCUCUCUGAAAUUUCAGCUCCAAAACAGUUAUAACUUUGCAUAGAAUUAUGCCGCGUGCCAAAGACAUAGGGUGGCAACAUGGGACAAUGGUAGGAGAACAUCGGCACCAUGUGAAAUGUAAUUAUUGUCAUAGGACCAUGAUUGGAGGUGUUACUCGAUUCAAAAAGCACUUAGCGAGUACUAAGGGGGAAAUCAAAGGAUGUGAGGCUGUCCCAAAGGAAGUCAGAGAGCUCAUUGAAGAACACUUGGCUACUAGGAAAAUGAGAAAACCAGUGGAAAAGAAGCGGAAGAUGGUAGACCCUGAAACUGUGAGAGAACACUCGUCCGAAGAUAAGGAUACAGAAUCAGAUCAAGGAACGACAGAUGUUAAGCUGGAGACAUUGAAGACGUCGCAUGACUCAGAAGAAACCUGCCAACUGAAAACCACUGACCCUCAACAGCCCACUGUGGAGACUCAGGAAGUGGUUGACACCUUAUCAGUUGUUAUCCACAAGAAUGAGCAAGGUUCGGCACCUCCUAGAGCUACUGAUCCUGGUUGGGCCCAUGGAAAAAUGAUAAAUGAGGAUCGGCAGAAGAUUAAGUGCAUCUAUUGUGACAAGGUAAUUCUUGGGGGUGGAAUUUCCAGACUAAAGCAACAUUUAGCUGGAUAUAGAGGAAAUAUUGCCCCAUGCGAGAAUGUGCCUGAAGAUGUUAGAGCUAAAAUGCAGCAACAUUUAGGCAGUAAUGGUUUGGAACGGCAAAGGAAGCAGAAUAAAUUAGAAGACACUGGUUGGGCUCAUGGAACAGAAAAUGGGAGUGGGGAAAAGACCAAAUGUGAAUGGUGUAACAGGGUAAUAGAUGAGGGUGGAGUUUCUACACUACAGCAACAUUUAGCUGGGUUAAAUGGAAACAUUCCCCCAUGUGAGAAUGUGCCCAAAGAUGUUAGAGAAAAAUUGUUGCAGAGUUUAAGCUGUAGAGGAAGGCCAAAGAAGCAGAAGGCAAUUAAAAUCACAGAUACAUUGAUCCCAAGGUUGCAAGGUAUGCCAGAAGAAAUUAGUGGUGGUUUGGAUAUGAGCCCUGAGGUUAUGCAGACUCGAGCUAAUAGUGGUAGAAGCAAUUCAAAGAAGGUAAAGGAAGAAACUUGGAGUAGGAAGAGUAAACAAAAGGAGGAACUUAUUUUAGUUGCUACUCCUAUAACUCAGCGCCCUCUGCUUCUGACUUCUGCUUCCAAAGAAAGCAUAGAUGAAGCAGAUAGGGCUGUUGCUAAGUUUGUAUACGAUGCAGGGUUACCAUUCAGUGCAGCAAAUUCAUUGUAUUUUCAACAAAUGGCUGAUUCGAUUACAGCAGCAGGUCCUGGAUAUAAAAUGCCUUCAUAUCAAUCUUUAAGGGGUAUGUUACUGAACGAGAGUGUAAAAGAAGCAGGAGGGCUCUGCGAGGAACUAAGGAAAUCCUGGGAGGUGACUGGGUGUUCAGUGAUGGCAGAUAGGUCAAAAAACAGAACAGGACAUUUGGUUGUUAAAUUUUUUGUUUAUUGUUCCAAGGGUACCAUGUUUCUUAAAGCUUUUGAUGCGUCAGAGAUCUCAGAAUCUCCCUUGGCUCUGUUGGAUCUAUUCGAUACUGUUGUUCAAGAUGUGGGACCUAAGAAUAUUGUAAAUUUUGUGACGGACACUACACCGAACUUCAAAGCAGCAGCAAAUAUGUUAGUCGACAGAUAUAAGACCUUCUUCUGGAGUGCUUGUGCUGUGCAAUGUAUUGAUUUAAUGCUCGAGGAAUUGGGUAAAAUUGAAUAUGUAAGAGAAAUAUUUGUGAAGGCCAAAAGGAUAAGCCAAUUCAUUUAUAAUAACUCGUGGGUGUACAAUUUGAUGAAGGAAAAAAUUGGAGGAGGAGAUAUAGUUAGGCAUUCGGUUACAAGGUUUACAACUAACUUUUUAACACUGGAAAAUCUCAUGUGCUUAAAAGAACCUUUACAUCAGAUGUUUACUAGUAAGACUUGGAUACAGUCAUCAUUCUCUAAUGAAAGGGGAGGAAUUAACGUGUCUGAAAUUGUUGUAGAUCCACUAUUUUGGACAGCAUGUGAUGAAAUUUUGAUGGUAGCAAAACCUCUUCUUGCCAUUUUGAAGUUACUUGAUAGUGAAGAGAGGUCAUCGAUGGGGUUCAUAUACGAUGCCAUUGAAAAUGCAAGAAACGGCAUCAUAGUAGCCUUUAACAACAGAGAAGCUGAAUGUUCGUCGUACUUGAAAGUGGUGGAUCAUAUUUGGGAAGAAGAGCUUCAUAGCCCUCUUCAUGCAGCUGGAUACUAUCUUAAUCCUUCAAUAUUCUACAACCCUAGUUUCUCCAACAGCAAGGUGAUGCGGAAGGGUUUACUUGACUGCAUUGAGACCCUAGAGACUGACCCAUCAGCCCAAGAUAUACUUAUAAAACACAUGAAAUUUUAUGAGGAUGCUGAAGGGAGUUUUGGUAAACCCAUGGCACGACAAGCUCGAGAUUCAUUGGCCCCAGCUGCUUGGUGGUCCCUUUAUGCAGCAGAGUACCCAGAUUUGCAACGUUUUGCUCUCAGGAUCUUAAGUCAGACAUGCAGUGUGGUCCGUUCUGGGAGGAACUGUAGCAGCAUGUUAGAUAAUAUCCAUUUUAUGAAAAGGAAUCGACUGGAAGGAAAGAGGUUGACUGACCUAGUCUUUGUCCACUACAAUCUAAGGCUUCAAGCGAGGCAAUCAUCAGCUGGCAGAGAGGAUAUAUUGAGAAACAAUGAAGAUCCAACAUGCUUGGAGGGGGCGGAUGGAAAUGCAGGAGAUUGGAUCGAGGAAUGGGGAACUAGCUGUUGACUAGACAAGAUAGCUACUUUCAAUGUGGAGAAACGGGGAACUAGGUGUUCUCUUCCUUCAUUUUAGUUCAGAACCCCAAACCUUUUCCAAGUUGUUGACUAGACAAGACAGCUCAUUCCUAUUUGGGUACAAGGCUAAUGAAAACUAAAUUUGUCAUGAAAUCUGUUAGGCAAUCAUCAGUUGGCAGGAUAUAUUGAGAUAUGGCCGGUCCUGAUGGGGAAGCAGGGGGCAUUAGGGAACUAUUAGGGCAACAAAUUCCGUAUAAUGUAUAGUGGUGUUAUGCUAGAGUGUGUAAUUUCUAUGGACUUUCAUGUAAAUAAUGGUAAGUGCAGGGGAAUAUGUUAACAAAAUAUAUCAGGUUAUCAACUCUAGAUCUUAAUCUUUAAUUCCAGAAACUUGAACUAA